AUGGCGCAGCGCUCCGGGAAGAUCACUCUCUACGAGGGCAAGCACUUCACGGGACGGAAGCUGGAGGUCUUUGGGGACUGUGACAACUUCCAGGACCGAGGCUUUAUGAACCGAGUGAACUCCAUCCGGGUGGAGAGCGGAGCCUGGGUCUGCUUUGAUCACCCUGACUUCCGAGGCCAGCAGUUCAUCCUGGAGCACGGCGACUACCCAGAAUUCUUCCGCUGGAAUGGUCACAAUGACCACAUGGGCUCCUGUCGGCCUGUGGGCAUGCACGGAGAGCACUUCCGCAUAGAGAUCUUCGAGGGCCGCAACUUCGCAGGCCAGUGCCUGGAGUUCCUGGAGGACUGUCCCUUCCUGCAGAGCCGGGGCUGGGCCAAGAGCUGUGUCAACGCUAUCAAGGUGUAUGGGGAUGGAGCGUGGGUCCUCUACGAGGAGCCCAACUACCGCGGCCGCAUGUACGUGGUGGAGAGGGGCGAGUUCCGCAGCUUCUCGGACUGGGAGGCCCACAGCGCGCGCGUGCAGUCGCUCCGCCGGGUGCUCAACUUCUAG